GAACAGCUGGCUGAGCUCAAGGAAGACCUGGACAGGGAUGACUGUAAGCAGGAGGCCGAGGUGAUCAUCUACGAGACCAACUGCCACUGGGAAGACUGCACCAAGGAGUACGACACGCAGGAACAGCUAGUGCAUCACAUCAACAAUGAGCACAUCCAUGGGGAGAAGAAGGAGUUUGUGUGCCGUUGGCAGGCCUGCACGCGCGAGCAGAAGCCCUUCAAGGCGCAGUACAUGCUGGUGGUGCACAUGCGUCGGCACACGGGCGAGAAGCCCCACAAGUGCACGUUCGAGGGCUGCUCAAAGGCCUACUCUCGCCUGGAGAACCUGAAGACGCACCUGCGGUCCCACACUGGGGAGAAACCAUACGUGUGCGAGCACGAGGGUUGCAACAAGGCCUUCUCCAAUGCCUCAGACCGCGCCAAGCAUCAGAACCGCACCCACUCCAACGAGAAACCCUAUAUCUGCAAGAUCCCAGGCUGCACCAAGCGAUACACGGACCCCAGCUCUCUCCGGAAGCACGUGAAAACAGUACACGGCCCAGAUGCUCAUGUCACCAAGAAGCAGCGCAACGACGUGCACCUCCGCGCCCCCCUGCUCAAGGAGAACGGGGACAAUGAGGCCAGUGCUGAGCCCGGCGGCCGGGGCUCUGAGGAGAGUGCCGAGGCCAGCCGCACCAGCCAGGCCGUGGAGGACUGCCUACACGUCAAAGCCAUCAAGACCGAGAGCUCCGGGCUGUGUCAGUCCAGCCCCGGGGCCCAGUCGUCCUGCAGCAGUGAGCCCUCUCCCCUGGGCAGUGCCCCCAACAAUGACAGCGGCGUGGAGAUGCCGGGGACAGGGCCCGGGAGCCUGGGAGACCUGACGGCUCUGGAGGACACGCCCCCGGGGGCCGAUGCCUCAGCCCUGGCCGCUCCCUCUGCUGGUGGCCUGCAGCUGCGCAAACAUAUGACCGCCAUGCACCGGUUCGAGCAGCUCAAGAAGGAGAAGCUCAAGUCACUCAAGGAUUCCUGCUCUUGGGCCGGGCCGGCUCCACACACCCGGAACACCAAGCUGCCUCCCCUCCCGGGAAGUGGCUCCAUCCUGGAAAACCUCGGCGGCGGCGGGGGCGGCGGCGGCGGGCCGGCGGGGCUGCUGCCCAACCCGCGGCUGUCCGAGCUGUCCGCGAGCGAGGUGACCAUGCUGAGCCACCUGCAGGAGCGCCGCGACAGCUCCACCAGCACGGUCAGCUCCGCCUACACCGUGAGCCGCCGCUCCUCCGGCAUCUCCCCCUACUUCUCCAGCCGCCGCUCCAGCGAGGCGUCGCCCCUGGGCGCCGGCCGCCCCCACAACGCCAGCUCGGCCGACUCCUACGACCCGAUCUCCACCGAUGCGUCGCGGCGCUCGA